AUGGCGGCAGAGGAGGGGGCGGAUGAAAGGUGGAUGACGGCGGAGAAGAAAGAUGAAGGUCCUCGGCUCAUCAGAGUUUCCAAGUCUGAAAUCAAUGAAGCAUCUAGUGAUGAAUCUGCAAAUAUUGAUGUUGUUGAUGCUACACCACCAGGUGCUCCACUGCUAGAAUCUCUUGUUCACUCUAAUUUUCCCAAAAAAAUUAAGAAAGUUGAUGAAGAAGAAGCAUGGCUUGCAGCUCUAGAAGCUGGGCGUUUGGAAGAAGUGGAUGAUGAAUUAAGACGCAUGAAAGACCCCAACUUGAUGACAGCUAGGCAGAGAUCUUUGCUUGAAAGUAAAGCUCAAAAAGAAAAGGAAGAAGUUGUGCCUGUUGUAACAGAAACUAAAGUUUUAAGUGAAGAAAUGAUCCAAAAGAAAAUUAUUAAAGCAAAAAAGCGGAAAGAGCAAGCUGAAGAAAAACGUGAGAAAGAUAAGAAACAAACUAUUGAACGACUGUUGAAAAAAUCAGACACUAAACUAAAAGUAACAAAGAAAAUUGUCAAGAAAGUUGAUGUUCCUAAAAUAAAGUAUGUAAAUAGUGAACUGAAGGGACGUUCUUUGUCUUUCCCUAUUGGAAUUCCAUUUCCUAUCAAAGCACAAACUGGCAAAGAUCCCCCAACUCCAAUUUAUUGUGGUGUCAAAGGAUGUGAAAAUCAGAAAAAGUACAAUUGCUCUAAAACUGGAGUACCUCUGUGCAGCUUAGAAUGUUACAAAAAGAAUAUGCUGCUGAAAAUGCAUGGGCCUGUCAUAUCAGUGUUAUGAAAAUGUUGAAAUGUACAUUACUUGUGUCUUUAAUGUAGAUAUUAUAAAUAUAAACAUGUAACAUAAUUGUAAAUAUGUUUUUUUCUUGAAAUCUUACCAUUAAAAUAUUAUUGU